UGGAAAAAAAAAAGUGGUCAGCUAUUUUUUUUUUUUUUAGCUGACAUCUUUGUAUAUUUUUAGCCGUUAGCCAUUUUCUGCUAAGUAACUUUUAGAGGGUUUUUCUCCCAUCAAAAGUUACACACACGAACUGCCCGACGUCCACAAGAACAAGAGCAGUUCCGCCGCCUCUGAAAAGUUACUAUGGAAGAGGUGCAGCAGGGCAGCAAUGGCACUGAGUUACAGACUGUCUCCAUUCCCACCACCAUCACAAGCUCUCAGUUCUCACAGAUAGCACAACAGAUGUCACUGGGUGGUGGUUCUGUUGCCGUUUUACAGCUGCCAGGGGGUCAGUUUCAAGUUCAAGGGGUGAUCCAGUCUGCUCAGUCGUCAGUCAUUCAGUCCCCUCAGAUGCAGUCUGCACAGGCCCUGGAUUCAGAUAGUGACGAUUCACAAGACUCCUCAGACAGUGGAGCUGCAGCCCAUAAGACCAGAGAAAUACUGGCGAGACGGCCUUCAUACAGAAAAAUCCUAAAUGAACUUUCAUCUGAGGAAGUGAGGGAGGAUAACAGCCAGGCAGUGACAGUACCAACCCAAAUCUACCAGACCAGCACCGGCCAGUACAUUACCAUAGCCGCUAAUGGCACAAUCCAGCUGGCGACUACGGGGGCCGAAGCCAUUCCGGGGCUACAGGCUGUCACCAUGGCCAACUCUGGUGGCCAGCAAGGCACGACCAUACUUCAGUAUGCCCAGACACCUGACGGCCAGCAGAUACUGGUGCCAAGCAACCAGGUUGUUGUACAAGGUGCAGGAGGAGAGGUGCAAACAUACCAGAUCCGCACAGCGCCCGCAUCCGGCUCCCUGCCUCAGACUGUAGUUAUGACCUCUCCUAUGGGAGUAUCUCAUGGCAAGAGUGACGACCCAACAAUGAAGAGGGAAAUAAGGCUUGCAAAAAACAGAGAGGCGGCCCGCGAAUGUCGACGGAAGAAAAAGGAAUAUGUUAAAUGCCUCGAAAACCGUGUAGCUGUUCUUGAAAACCAAAACAAGACCCUGAUUGAAGAACUCAAAACAUUAAAGGACCUAUAUUGUGUUAAAACAGGAUAACCUGUUUGAAUAGAGGUUGAGGAUCUGGACAUAAUACGGGAGCGACACAGCUCAGCCAUUUGGACAUAAAAUUUGGACAUGAACGGGGUUUCUGGGAACACUUCUUUUCAGGCUGAGAACCUCCAGUUUUUUACUCUGUUUGAUAUAAAAUGACUUGUGAUGGCAGUAAGAUAUACUCGACAAACAAAACUUUUUUCCACCUGCUGUUUUUUUAAAAUUUGCUAAUGCUAUAACAUUUAUAGUUGUGUACAUUUUUAAUACUGGGAGGUUUGAAAUUGUGAGCUUUAACUUCGAGUCUGUUUGUAAAUGUAUCUCUUGUGUUUUUAAAAAUGUUGCUGUUUUUUUUGUUUUUUUUAAACUUCUAACAGCAUCUGCAGACUUUUGACUGUAUAUUACCACAGACAUAAUUCCUGUUUAUAUUGUGAACCAGCAAUUCCCCUCAUUCCCCUAUACGGAGAUGUUACAAUUGUCAUUCCUUAUUUUUGUGCAAUGGAAUAUAAAGGGUAACAAAUGAUGACAUUGAGUGUGGUUUGUUUGGUUGUUUCUUGGCAGUUACUUAGACAAUCAGGGAAAAAAAGCACAGUGUCCAGGUAAUAUUUAUUUUGUACAUCUUGGGAGGGAUGGGGAAGAAGAACAAACGGUGUAUGACAUGUUGCUGAUUCUGUAAGUAAAUAAAUAUAUUUUCACUCAAUAAA